AUGCUGGCACAGCUGGGGGCCUGUCUGCUGCUGGCAGUGGCCCUGCUGGGCCCAGGCCCCAGGGUCCAAGCCAUGGAAGGUGUCAAAUGUGGCGGUGUGCUCUCGGCACCCUCUGGAAACUUCUCCAGCCCCAACUUCCCUAGACUAUACCCCUACAACACGGAGUGCAGCUGGCUGAUCGUGGUGGCUGAGGGGUCCUCCGUGCUGCUUACCUUCCAUGACUUUGACCUGGAGUACCAUGACACCUGCGCCUUCGACUUCCUGGAGAUCUACAAUGGGGCCUCAGCAGACAAGGGCAACCUGCUGGGGAGGUUCUGUGGCCGGGUGCCCCCGCCGCCCUUCACCUCCUCCUGGCACGUCAUGUCUGUUGUCUUCCACUCGGAUAAGCAUGUGGCCAGCCGCGGCUUUUCUGCGGGCUACAAGAAAGAUGUGUGUGGUGGCGUCCUGACCAGCCUGUCGGGGGCCCUCACCAGCCCUGAGUACCCCAACAACUACCCCAACAACGUAGAAUGCCGCUGGGUGAUCCGGGCGGCCGGCCCUGCCACCAUCAAGCUGGUGUUCGUGGACUUCCAGGUGGAGGGCAACGAAGAGUGCACCUAUGACUACGUGGCUGUGCUUGGGGGGCCCGGCCCUGCCCGCGGGCACCACUACUGCGGCAGCGCCCGGCCCCCAACCCUUGUGUCACUGGGCCACGAGCUGCAGGUGGUCUUCAAGUCCGACUUUAACAUUGGAGGCCGGGGCUUCAAGGCCUACUACUUCUCAGGAGAAUGCCAGCAGGUGUACGUCGCCGUGCGGGGCAACUUCUCCAGCCCGCAGUACCCCAGCUCCUACCCCAACAACAUCCGGUGCCACUGGGCCAUCCGCCUGCCCCCCGGCUACCGGGUCAAGGUGUUCUUCCUAGACAUGGACCUGGAGGAGCCCAACAGCCUGACCAGGACCUGUGACUUUGACCGCCUGGCGGCUUUUGAUGGGGCCAGUGAGGAGGCACCCCUGCUGGGGCAUUGGUGCGGCCACCACCUGCCGCCACCCGUCACCUCGAGCCACAACCAGCUCCUGCUCCUGCUGCACACGGACCGCAGCACCACGCGCAGGGGCUUCUCCGUGGCCUACAUCGGAGUGGUGCCCGUGAACGUGAGCUGCUCCCGCACGGACUUCCAGAUCCUGAUCUCUGCGCAGGCGCUGGCCCCGUUGGAGAGGACCAAGGUCUACCUGGGCAGCCGGAGCUGUGCCGCCCAGGAAGUCGGCAGCAACUUCAGGAUCCAGGCCCGCUUUGACACCUGCGGCACUGAAUCCCAGAGAAGAAACAACACGUCUGUGAUCGUGAGCGUGCUGUACAUCGACUUCUCUGCUGCGGGGCAGGACGACAUCCAUGAAUACGAGGUCCGCUGCGAGCCCCGGCGCAAGGAGGCUUCUGUCCACCUGCUGUCUGGCUCCGACUGGCUCGGGCCCUAUGCUGCCACUGCUGAGCACCUUCAGGAAGCACCACCCAGGGACGAGGAGGAGGCACUGGAUGGCCCGGUGACCAUGGUGGCCCAAGAUACCAGUGACAUUGUCUUCCUGGGCCUUUGCAUCCUGGCUGGAGUCCUCAUGGUCAUUGCCAUCGUGGUCCUGAUGCUGCUGUGAGCAGGCAGGAUAGGGACCUGUCAACUGGCAUCCCUGCAAGGCAGCUUAGGGACCCACAAUGGAGGUGGGACAGGGCCUUGCUAACUUGCUGCUGACCAUAGGCAAGUUGUGUCCUUCUCUGAGCUUUG